UUGAAAGUGCCUUGUUACCUAUUAUCAGUAUUUUUUAUUCUACCCAGCUGUCAAGACACAAUGUCAGCGAUUGUAAUUUAUGUGUAUGUUUGUAAAUGUUUUAUAAAUAUAAAGCUUUAUUAGAUAUAAAUAUUGCACAUUUUUGUCAAGUGAAUCCUUUAAAAGUAGUUAUUUGAAGAUUGAAACAAAAAGGUCAGAACUUAUUAUAAAAGCAAGUUAAAUAACCAUUGAGUAUAUAAACGCCUAUUUUGUAAGCAAUAAUGACACAUAUAUGCAGUUUUUUUGCCACCGUUACUCAAACAGGUUCUUUCUCUAACUCAAGUUCUAUUCAAAAGGUGGCAUCAGAGUUGUUUUAUUAGAAUGAGAGUGGAGAAGCCGCUUUUUCGGCGUCUUGUAAGAGGUCAAGAUGAUUUUUAAUAAGGAGUGAAUUCGCGUGAAAACGUCAAGAUGCUUUUAAACAGACACCAGAUCUUUUUAAGAAUCACUUAAACUUGGAAUAUGGAGACAUAAAAUAAUAAUAUUCAAAUGAAACUUUUCAGAAGGAUUUCAAAACGGAUUUAUUUAUUGUUUGAUGAAAUAAAAGUUUUUAUUUCCUUGAUAUAGAUUUUUGAGACAUUUACUGGUCUAUAGAAAAAAGUUUGUACGAGACAAUAAAUUAUUCUAAAAACUAAAAAUCCAUCAUCAUCUAACUCUGAUUGUCAGAUAAAAUAUCACAGAUUACAUUGUCGAAUCAACUUUUAACUCCUGCAUUGCAAAAUUGUUCAAAUUAUUUCAUUAAUAUUCAUACUAACAUUAUUUUUUUCUUGGAAUUUGAAUUUAAAAUCAACAUUACUUGUUUUUCUCUUCUUUUAAAAAGAAAAAAAAAACUGAAAUUAAAGGGGAACUUCCAAGGUUUUAUUUAUUUCAAAUUGUUGACUGAUAUUCUUUAGCUUUAUAGCACAAGGAAAGUAAGUUAUUUUGUUUUUGUUACAUUUUUAUAUUGAACUUAUUUAUUUCUGUUUUGCCAUUUCAGGUGACCAAGCUUUCCUGAACUGGUUCCUGCAAAUUAUCUCUCGUCUCGAUGGAAUGCGCCGACAAUGUUAUAAAAAAAAAUCCAACUGCUGCUCAAAUUUCAUAGAAAAACUUCUAGAACAGGUUGGCAUGAAAUUCGGCGAUGGCAAAUUAAUAGGGAGAACGAUUAACCUGGUCAACGACCGGUCCGACCGCUCCCUUCUCUUCUUUGGCCUUUAUUCGCAAAAAUAUAAAUACGCACCCGCCGCAACGAAUUUCAAGCAAUUCACAAUGAGAGCGGUCGCCGUCGUAGUGCUGCUGGCCGCUGCCGCGGUCACCACCGCACCUGUUGACACCGAGGAGGUCAUCACCACAGAGGAAGUCCUCGAGACCAACAAGGUGCUGAUAGACGUUGCUACUGACCUUGAGUCGGCCAACAACCCCGUCAUUCCCAAAGCUCGAUCCGCACAAAUUUCUGCGGGACAAGUUUUAAAUCCUCUGCCACCGACCAACCCACCAGUGCCAACAAACCCCACAAACGCCCCCAACCCCACAAAUCCAACCAAUCCUCCAAAUGAUCCUAACCCACCAAUUUCUCAAGCGAGCCAAUUCAAUGCCAAUCAGCCUUCGUCAGACACUUUCCGUAGUCCUGCUCAACAGCAAUUUACAGAUGAAACCCGGAAAGGAUCAAAUAGCCCCAGGCAGAACUACCCUCAGCAAGGCUACUUCCCUCAACAGCAGCAACAGCAAGGAUAUAAUCCUCAACAGCAGGGCUACAAACCCCAGCAAGGUUACUACCCCCAGCAACAACAGCAAGGAUAUAAUCCUCAACAACAGGGCUACUACCCUCAGCAGGGCUAUUUCCCACCCCCACCUCAGGGAUACAACCCUCAGCAAGGAAACUUCCCUCCCCCACCUCAGGGAUACAACCCUCAGCAAGGAAACUUCCCUCCCCCUCCUCAGGGAUACAACCCUCAGCAAGGAAACUUCCCUCCCCCUCCGCAGGGAUACAACCCCCAGCAAGGAAACUUCCCUUCUCCACCUCAGGGAAACAACCCACAGCAGGGCAGCUUUCCUCCGCCACCUCAAGGAUACAACCCCCAGCAGGGUAGCUUCCCUCCUCCACCUCCAGGAUACAAUCCUCAGCAAGGAAACUAUCCUCCACCACCCCAAAGCUACAACCCACAACAGGGCGGAUACUACCCUCCUCCUCCUCCACCACCUCAAGGCGGUUACAACCCCCAGCAGAACGUUAACCCUCAGCAAGGAUACUUCCCUUCUCAACUACCACCUUAUAACCCCAAUUCUCCCCAGGGCCAAGCGCAAAAGCAGCAGGAUCCAUCCCCUCAGAACCAAAAUAAUAAUCAACCUCCCAACCCCCAAUCAGGUCAGCAGUACGGUCCCUGCCCAGCUUUUGCACAGCAGCAGGGUGGACUACCACCUCCCCCACCUCCAGCCCAGCAACAAGGCUUUCCACCCCAGCAAAACGGUCCUCCUCCACCACCCCCGCCGGCCCAACAGCAGGGGUAUUACCCUCCUCAACAGCAGGGUGGAGUUGGAGCAGUCGGGUCUGUCGGCGCCGUUGGCUCAAUAGGCAUCGUGCCUACGCCACGACCUCCUGCAAGCCAAACAACACCCAGUGCGUGAAAAUUUGCUAUGAACUGAAAAGACUAGGUUGCAAAAAUUUCAAAGUAUUUAUUUAUUUAUGUGAUGUAUAUAAAUUUAAAUUAUAUUUUUUUAAUAUAAAAUAAAAAUGAUAUUUUCAAA